AUGCAACACGCUUACCUCAGUGACGGAGACGAGUCCGGAGGACAGCUAAGCGACGCAAUGAGGACGACCGAAGGCCGGCACUCGCGCACUCAACGAACAACGGCGGACAGCGGGCGGACGAGCAGGGCAAAGAGGACGACCGCCUCGCGGUUCACGUCGCACUUCGACGUUAGCUGCUGGCCGAACCGAACCGAACCGAACCGACCCAACCGAUCGACCCCCGGUUGUCACUGA